UGCUUAGAUCGUUUCAAGGAUGUCCGGAAUCACGGAGAACUUGGAUUGUGACGAGUGUAACUAUCCCAACCACGGGAGUAACGGCACCAGGACGCGCGUGCACUCCACCAUGGAUGAGGACGAGGAACUUCUGAGAUACAUCUGGACAGAAUAUUUACACCCUAAGGAGUACGAGUGGGUUCUAAUAGUGGCUUACAUAGUUGUUUUCUUUGUCUCACUGAUCGGAAACUCGCUUGUUUGUUUUGCAGUGUGGAAAAAUCGUCACAUGCGGACAGUGACCAACUACUUCAUAGUAAACCUCUCCCUGGCUGAUGUUCUGGUCACCAUCAUAUGUCUGCCCGCGAGUCUUGUGGUUGAUAUCACAGAGACCUGGUUUUUUGGAGAGACUCUUUGCAAAAUCGUCCCCUAUCUUCAGACCAUCUCUGUAUCUGUAUCAGUUUUGACUCUAAGCUGUAUUGCUCAAGACCGUUGGUAUGCUAUCUGUCACCCGCUCAUGUUUAAGAGCACGGCCAAGAGGGCGCGCAAAAGUAUUAUUGCCAUCUGGGUGGUAUCGUGCAUAAUCAUGAUACCUCAGGCCAUUGUGAUGGAGUGCAGCAGUCUGCUGCCUGAGCUCACAAACAAGACCAGCCUGUUCACAGUGUGUGAUGAACACUGGGGAGCUGAGAUAUACCCAAAAGUCUACCACACUGGCUUCUUCAUCGUCACAUAUUUUGCUCCAUUAUGCCUGAUGGUCCUUGCUUAUAUUCAGAUUUUUCACAAGUUGUGGUGCCAGCAGAUUCCUGGAAACACAUCAGUGGUACAGAGAAACUGGAGAACAUUUAGAUGCUCGACUCCGGGUUCAGGAUCUGAAGAAUCUGCAAGGGUGAGGACAAGCACAGUUUCCGCUGAGAUCAAACAAAUCAGAGCCAGACGCAAAACAGCUCGCAUGCUGAUGGUAGUGCUCUUUGUGUUUGCUCUCUGCUACUUACCGAUCAGCGUGCUCAAUAUCAUGAAAAGGGUUUUUGGGACCUUUAAGAACACAAGUGACAGAGAAACAAUAUAUGCAUGGUUUACUUUUUCACACUGGUUAAUAUAUGCCAACAGUGCCGCAAAUCCCAUCAUCUACAAUUUUCUGAGUGGGAAGUUCCGUGAGGAGUUUAAAUCUGCAUUUUCUUGCACUUGUUGUGGGCAACAGCAGGACGACAAUAUGAGGAUAAGGACCAGAGCAAAUAGAGAUAGCCGAAAAUCCAUGUCAACUCAAGUUAAUGUGGACAACUUGUCACGGUUAUCGGAUCAGAUUGUGUAGUCCUCUACGGUCAGAGAACUUUUAUGCCAUCCCUGCAAGGAAAUGGGGUUCAUUAACACUCACCAUAUGGAAUGUGCAAACUUGUAUUUUUUUUCUA